AACAUAUAAAUGUGAUAACCUCAUAAAAGGCUAAAUUAUUCUUGUUGAAUACCAUGAUUAUUAGAUUGUCAUUAGUUCGUUUAGUAUUACUAAUAUGUUUUGUAGAUUUUCUAAUAUGUAUGCCAAAUAAUAAGAUAAAUUUUACUGGUAGUGCAACAACUAUUACUACUACAACUACCCCGGGUACUACUAGAACUGUCACUACUACUGAGCCUAUAACAACUACAACUUUUGAGCCAACUACAACUCAUGGUGUAAUUACAACAACAAAUGGAGAAACCACUGAAACAUCACUGAUAGUAACAACUAUUGGUUCUUUGAACAGUAACAUAACUAACUCAUCAACAAAUUUGUUGAAUUCUAUAAACACUUCCUCACUACAUUUCAAUGAUUCAUCCUUAAAUGUAAGAGAAGAGAGUAAUUUAUCGAAUGGGACAAUAAAUACUACUGAGUUCAUGCAUAGUACAGCUUUGCCAACAACUACAAACAAUGACAUAAGUGGAACAACUAUCCGAUAUCCCAGAACAACUUUAUCACCACCAAUAGAAAAACAUGCUAAUAACUUAACUAAUACUACUAAUCCUUCAACUAAUUCAUCUCGACGACACUCUAUAAAAGGAAGAGUUAUUUUAGCUACAACACGUGAACAAGGUAGUAGAGUAUGGGGAUUAACUGCAGCAAAAGCUGAAUUGGCUUGUCAUAGAUUUAUAACUAAUCGUAGAAUUACUUCACCAUUAACCAAUCGGACAAGUAAUGGAAAUGUUAAACCAACUGAUUUAUAUCAAGGUCAUUUAUUAUCAGUUACAUCAAAUGAUGAGAUUAUACACUUAGUAAGCCUCAUGGGUACAGUACCAGUUGGAUCAUAUUGGACAGGGGGUAAAUUAAUGAGACCAAGACAUACUGGAGUGUUUGGUGAAAAUGCUACUAAGUGGAAAGUGAUGUUAAACUGGUCGGAUGGUCGAACUGCUCCUGCAAAAAUAUUGGGUAUAACUGAUGAUGACGCAAAUAAUCUUGUAGAGGGUAUGACUUAUUGUCUGUCGUUAGAUAUUGCACGACUUACGUGGCAAGCUCGUGAUUGUGAACAUCGUUUGCCUUAUGCAUGCUUGAUUACUAGACGAAAUGUUCUAAUGCAAACUACCACUAGUAAUUCAUCAAUAGAAGUUAAGACACCACAAGAAAUAAAUAGUACACAAAUUUCUGCUAAUCACAGCCAUGUUAUUUCGAAACUUCGUGAAACGGUACCCGAAAAUUCUACUACAGUUGUUAACACUUUAGUAAAUACUAAUCAUUCAGAGAACAGUCAAACAAUUUCACUUUUACUGGAGUCCACUGAAUCUACUCCAGCAAGCAUAACCAUAACACCAAAUAAUACAGAGAAUUCAACUCUUGGGAUAAGUUUUAACAUGUCAUCUGAAAUUCAGAAUACUUCACAGAUGGAUACCACAACCCCAUCUAGUUUACCUCCUAUAGUAACUGGGAAUAAUAAUUUUAACCAAAAUGAAAAAACCGUUUCCGAGUCAACGAUCCAAGUAAAUGAGCAGCUUGUACAAUUCACAGAACACGCCUCCGAAACUAAUCAGACUUUCAGUGUUCCUUCUCUUCCUAAAGCUCAGGUAUCUAUGAAUGGUAAUGGUGGUAAUAAUGGUAACGGUGACGAUGAUGAUGAUGAUGACGAUGGUGAUGAUGAUGAUAACAGUGGUGAAAAUGGUAAUAGCGGUCCAUCCCUUUUCAGUUCAAGUGGACUGGGUACAAACGAUUUAGAAUCCAUAUUGAUGAACAUUGAACGUUUGCACACAACAACACAUCCACCACCGCCAGAAAUUCCUACUACUACUGCUACUCCCACAACUACUAGUACUACUACAACUACAACAACAACUGCUACUACUACUCCCACCACUAUUAUUACAACCCCCGCUACCACUACUAUUAGUACUGCUACUACCAGUUCCAAUACUAAUACUACUACUACUACUACUACUAUUCUUGAUAAUACUUCUACCAGUACUACUGCUACUUCUACCACUACUUCUACUGUUAAUACUACUCCUACCACUCCUGUUACUGAUACUACUACUCCCACUAAUAGUACUACUAUUGCUUCCACAACAACUACUAUUUCCACCACUACUAAUACUACUAUUCCUGAUAAUACUUCUACCACUACUUCUACUGUUACUACUACUCCUACCACUCCUGUUACCUCCACUGUUACUGAUACUACUACUCCCACUACUAGUACUACUAUUGCUUCCUCAACAACUACUAUUUCCACCACUACUAAUACUACUAUUCCUGAUAAUACUUCUACUGUUACUACUACUCUUACCAUCCCUGUUACCUUCACUGUUACUGCUAUUCCCACUCCCACUAAUAAUACUACUAUUGCUUCCACAACAACUACUAUUUCCACCACUACUAAUACUACUAUUCCUGAUAAUACUUCUACCACUACUUCUACUGUUACUACUACUCUUACUACUCCUGUUACCUCCACUGUUACUGAUACUACUACUCCCACUACUAGUACUACUAUUGCUUCCUCAUCAACUACUAUUUCCACCACUACUAAUACUACUAUUCCUGAUAAUACUUCUACUGUUACUACUACUCUUACCACCCCUGUUACCUUCACUGUUACUGCUACUCCCACUCCCACUAAUAAUACUACUAUUGCUUCCACAACAACUACUACUUCCACCACUACUAAUACUACUAUUCCUGAUAAUACUUCUACCACUACUUCUACUGUUACUACUACUCCAACCACCCCUUUUACUUCCACUAUUACUACUGCUACAACAACAAAAACUAAUAAUAAUAACACUAUUCCUGCUAAUACCACUACAAGCACAGCUACUACUCCUACUACUACCAUUACUGCUGAAAUCACUACUAGUACUACUGAAAUCAAUGAAAAAAUAUCAACAGAAAAUACUUCAGAUAAUAAGUCGUUAUGGUCGACUGUUUUGUUAAAUAAUUCCUCUGAAGAAAUGACAACCUCUACAACACCUGAAAUAAACUCACGGGAAUCGACUACGGUAAUGAUACAAGCAGAGUCUUUGAUGACAACCGUAUCCAGUUCGACAGUAAGUGUUGAAACAACAUCAACGCCACUAAUUGGAUCUGAAGAAACAACGAUAUCCACACCUGAGUCAUCAGAAGCGGGGAUCUCAUCUGUGUUAACAACACCAGUGUCAUUCCAAUCGACGGCAACAACUGAGUCGACGACACCUUCAGGAUCUUCACCAACAGAGACAACUACGUCACCAACCACGAAGAUUCAGAGUUCAUUACCACUGUCAACAAACGAACCAUCUCUAUCAACAACAUCUAUGGAGCUUCAAUCAGUAAGGACAUCUGAGGCCAUAACAUCAACGACAUCCCAAUUAAAUAAGUCAACAGGACCAAACACAACUCUGGAAUCAGAGUCAACAGAAAAUAAAUUUGAAUCUAGUACACCUAUAUUAUUACAGCCAACGACCUCAUCUGUAUCAAUAACAGCAACAGAGUCUACGGUUACGGAAACCAUGCCAUCUGAAACAGAAACUAGUUAACAUAAUGAAUGAAAAUAAUUUAUUGAUUGAACUAUUUUACAUAAUUGAGUAACUAUUUAAACUUGUUCAGUUGUAAUACUAAGUUACAAAAUUUUCAAUAUUGUAUUUUUCUUAUAUUCAAAGAUAAAUGAUGUUCUAAUAAUAUUGUUUUCCUCAAACAAAACGUUAAGUUAUAAUAUCUUUUGUAAUUCAUUACAAGAAGAUCCUUAUAGUUUACAGAAACAGAAUUGAAUAUAAAUUCAGGUAUAAAAAUAUUUGUAAUCGUAGAAGUUAAAAAUCAUUGAAUUUUUUUUGGUUUGUUGACGCCUUCUGUACUCAUAGUAGGUAAUAUUCGCUUUACGAACAAUUAUAUUGUUUCAUAUAAUCAGUCAGUUUGCUAAAAAUAAAUAGAAGAUCUUU